AUGUCUUCAUCAACGUGGGAUGGGGCUGGCGGCGGCGGCGGCGGAAGUAGCAGCAGCGGUGGUGUCAGCCUCGCAGUCGGCUCCCUCGCAGAUGAGUGGGCCUUCAACAACUACCACAUGUCUUCCUUCAUGGCGAUGGAGGUGUCGGCGACGAUUGUGCCUCGUUUUUCGAUGGACCGUGUUGACUGCCUUGGCGGCAGCUACGGGCCCUUUGCACCAAACUACCCCAUCAGCGUACCGCUCUGGCUUGCCCUGUACCUACGACAGACCGACACGUGCACAAUCCAACCCCCAGACUACCUCCGCGUGGAGUAUUUGCGCGACGUCAUUGAGCGAGAGCGCACCAACGAUCAGGGAUUUGAGAGCCUGCCCUUUUACUUCUACGAAGUUGCUAAGAAGCUGACGGAACGAGGUGGUGGCGGCGGGACCGGGGGCGGAGGCAAUAGCGGUGGCGGCGGCUCCGACGACGGUGACACAAUUCCUCACGCAGUGGAAGUUGUUCGCCUUGUCAAUGAAAUACAUGCAAUGCGGCAGCAGAAGCUCAAGAAUCUCAUGACAGUCUUUGAGGCGGAAGGGUCACCGAUGUUCAUUCCAGGCGUCUUGCUGACAAACAUCGUUUGCCAUGAGCUGCACUUUCUGCGAAGCAGCUUUGGGAUUGUGCUGCAGCAGGCCGCGUCGAUGGAACGGCACCGGCAGCAGUUGAUCCGAUUGCCACCCGUUUCGGCCACCACUGUGGGUCGCCUGCCCUCUACCGUGGGUGGGACGGUACCGACGAGUGGAGUGAGCACGACACGCACGACCACGACGCUGACCUCGACAGACACGCCAGACCGAUUCACCUCAGCGAUGGACCUUUCCUCUAAAAUGGGCGCCGACAGCUUCAUACGCGACGAAGUCACAAACUCGCAAGGAUCGGCCCUGACAACCGCAACAUCGGUGACAACAGGGAUGGCCGUGACAUCGGGUGGUGGCACUCAGCCCAAUGCGACGUCGGAGAUGACACCACUGGCGCAGCCCGCGGUGAAGAAGCGCCGUACCUUACGGCAGACGUAA